AUCUGACAUGCGUCAAACAAUCCGGAAGUACUUUGUCGCGUAAAUUAUCUCGCGAAUAGCGCGGGCGGUCAUUUACAGCAUAUAUAAUUUUCUUUGUCCGAUUUAGUUUCCAUAUAUUAAUUUAUUUGUGCUAAAAAUCUCCGUAAAAAACCAUGAAAAAGGGAUAUAAAGUGGCCGAUGUGAAAAGGGAGAAGCGAAUCGGCGUCGCCGCCGAAAACCUGCAGGAAUUAAUCGAGAAAUCGUGCAAGAAGCUUGGUUUCAAUGCCAGGUGCGCGGCGCUAUACGUGGCUGAGGACGGGACGCAGGUCUCGGAUGACGAUUACCUGGAUACGCUGCCUCCGCAGACGCUCUUCAUAUUGUUGAAGGACAAGGAACAAAUGGUAACUGACUUUGACUACUACUACAGCCUAAUCCGCUCAUCCAAGAAGGAGUACAUUGACACAGGACUUGCAGCUAAGGAGUUUCUCACCACCAACAUUAAGGAGAAGUUCAAGGUGUUCCAGAAGUACAUUGCAGCUGCUGAUGAUGCGCGCACCAUGCUGAGCGAGCGAGUGCAGGAUCCCAAGUGGUUCCAAGGUCUCGAGCCUUCAGAAAAGACAAAAGAGCAGUCAAUGUGCAAACGCGUCAAAGAACGCAUGCGGGGCUAUUUCUACAAAACCAAGUCAGCCCUCCAGGCCUCUGACCUCUACACUCAUUCCAAAAACAGCCGCGGCAAGAAACUAAUAGAUCAGUUCCUCGUAGACCUACGAAAACUACUCGAAACCAAUAAAUAUAACGCAGACUACUUCAACAGAAAAGCAGAGAAAAACCGCCUCUGCAACGAACGAGGUCUAUUCCAAUGUGGGGGCCUUUACAACAACGCAUCAUGCGCUUACAAGGACGACCAUCUGAUUAACCCGUACAGAAGCCGAGAAGAACGCAUAAUAUUCCAAACAUGGAACCUAGACCACAAAAUAGAGCUCUCCCGCUCCAUAAUACCUCAAAUCAAUAAAGCUGUAGAAGCAGUCUACGCCGGGCAAGUCACUUGUGUUCUAUGUGAACAUAGCAGCGAUGGAACAGUGGAAGCGGACAGGUACUAUUUGCAGAUAUUCACUCGGGACAACCUGAAGUUGGUGCAUAUCGUGUGCCACUAUAAAGGUAAACAUGAUGCUGAGUCGGGGGUGUAUACUCUUUGCAAAAAGUGCAGUAUGCAUAGCAUUGAAAACAAGUAAAUGGUAGUAUGGUCAUGUUUACACUG